GGGUCUUAGUUGGACUCCUUUGUCAAAGCAGCCAACUAUAAAACAAUGGCACAUGCAGCUCAAAGUUAACGCAAAACAGCGGAGUGACACCAACAGGCGUAACCGGAGUCCGAUAGUGCAGAUUACUCCAUACAUGAGAUUGGGAAUUAACAGAAAUUAUACAUUGAGUGUCCCAACUAUUGACCAGGAUGGGGAUUACUUUGAAUGCCGUAAAAUGGCAUUCAUCGAGUUUAUAGAUCUUCAAACAGCCAACAAAUUGAAAAAUAUUGAUAUACGAAAGGAUUGCUUCAUACACAUCGACACAUCUAGUCCUGAAUACCAGGUAGGAGACUCGGCAGUGAUAGCAGUGACAAUACAGGACUUCAACAGAGAUAAUAUCAAACUGGCUGGAGAUCCACAUCCUUUACGCCAGCGCUACGCUAUUGGACGGUCACUUAGUGCCGUCCCUGUGCAGUUUUACAUAGAGAUUGUUCUCAAAGACGAUGCACCUGUGAUCAUCGAUCCGACCCCUCUUGAACAACAGAUGUUCACUGUCUUUGUUGGGUCAAUAUUGAAACUCAAAGUUGUAGCCAAACCCACUAAUCCGACCAGGACACUAUCACACUUUUUCUUCACACGACGUGACGGCGUUGUUCCACAAACUUCGGUGGUGACUGACGAAACAGUGAUAGAUCCACUCGCGAAAAGUCAGUCGGUUCUUUGGACACCUGUAGCCUCUGACUUGGGAGAUCAUAUCUUGUGUGUGAGGGUCGAGGACAGUGCUGGAUUCGACGCACUACCACGAUGCUUCAUCAUACGAGUAAAAGCUGCUCCUGUUGGAGUAGGAUCACAGAUAGUACAGGGAAAACCAGCGUUCCUGCGGUUUCCAUCUAACGGAGAGAUUUCCUGUUUGGUCGGGUCAAGUUGUCGUUUCCCUAUCUACGCUGUUUCCACCUCACCUGGAGGAAUUACAGAUAUAUCUCUAACUAGUUCGGAAGCCGCGGGUUGUCAUGUUAGUGCAAUCAGAGAUGCCAGUGCCAUACAUAUAGGAGCAAAAAUGGUUGACAUGACAUUUCAAGAUUCCUCGUUUGGUCGUAAGAAAAUUUGUUUAAGAGCAGCAGAUGCCAAUUCUGUAAUUAUGAAAUGUUUUGAGGCAGUGGUACAACCAAAGGAUCCAUGUGAAGUACAACCCUGUCGAAAUAGUGCUGAGUGUGUUACGAACGGUGACAGAACAUCAUAUGUUUGCAUAUGUCCCCCGGGGUAUACGGGCAUCGCCUGUGAUAUAGCUCCUGAUAAAUGCAAUCCUAACCCUUGUAAAUUUGGAGGCAUUUGUAUUCCUCAUGGAAUUCAGGUCGAGUGCCGGUGUACGAGUGGAUUCUUUGGCACAUAUUGUGAAAAUGCCGUGGAUAAGUGCAGACCUGACCCUUGCGGUAAACAUGGAGUAUGUGAAGAAACACCAACUGGAUACACGUGUCAUUGUCAGGACGGCUACUCUGGGAACAGUUGUACAGGUCCUGUCAGUCCUCCAGUUAACGCUUGUAAUCUAAAUCCAAGAGCUGUUGGAUGCAACUGUGGUGCACAAUGUGUUGCCCCAAACGGAAUAUGUGUAGGGGCGCCUGGAUCAGGAACAUGUUUAUGUUCAAAAGGCUUCACUGGACCCGAUUGUCAAAGUCAAAGCUCUCUUGGAGGACAAGAUCCGAUAUUUGUUCCACCAACACCCGAAGCUGAAGAUUUGAUAAAGUGUGAGCAAAAUUCAUACUUGUCAACCACAUGUAUAUUUGCGGUAUAUACAUCGCCUGACACUGGUAUGAGUACUGCGCCUCUGGUCAAAACCAUUUUGCCACCUAGCAAAGUACGAAUUUCCGUUUCUCCUGCGGCCGAUCCAAAGAUCCCCGGUAUCCUCAACAUAUACCGUUUUGAUAUAAAGAUACAGGCCCAACCCAAAGCAGCUCCUAAACUGCAUGUUUGCCUGCAAGUAGCAAAAUCAUCCGAUAGUACACAUCCAACAGACACUAAGUGCUUCAACGUGGAAUAUGUUUUCAAGCAUGGAAUUGAUCCAUGGGGCACAUCUAUAUCACCGGCACCUGCCAAUACGUUUGUAGAUCCCACUUUACCAGACCAAAGUGAGAUUGUAUGUGAAAUUGGAAAACCAUGUCAUUUCUUCGUUUUUGCAUCUAAGGUUGCCAGCAUCUGCAAACAUGUGUUGGCCAGUGACACGGUGUCUACUGCAGUAUUCGAUCCGUCUGACGUCGGCACUUCAUGUAUGACAAAUAUUGUAUGCGACUUCAAAUCGUCCGCUAUAGCCGGCACCAGGAAGAAAAUUUGCCUUAAAUCAGGUGAUUUAGGUGAUGUACGAUGUUUUUACUUGAGGAGUGUUACAAGUAUUGUGGAUCACUGUGCCUCCAGUCCUUGUAAGAACGGAGGAGUGUGUGGGUCCACACAGGGUACCUAUGUUUGUACAUGCACAGCUGGCUUCACUGGACAGUCAUGCGAAAAAGGUCCGUGCCCGCCUACAGUUCCACCUCACUGUAACAAUGGCGGAUAUUGUUACUCCAUUGGAGCUACCAGAAAUUGUUUCUGCAAACUUGGAUUUUCGGGACAAACAUGCGCAGAUAAUUCGAAAGAUACCGUCGUGAAUCCGCAAGCUAAUGGGGCUAAAUUCAAGGAUGGGACCAUCCCAAAAGAAGUUAAAUGUUACGUAGGCCAACCAUGUCAAAUACCGACAACGCUCAUAGGUGAUCCUGGGACCAGACCCGUUGUGAGUCCAGGGUACGUUAACGGAAAUCUUGAUGUACACGGGACCACUGUAACCAAGGACCCUUCCUCCCCAACCGAUUACCAUACCAGUGUGGAGGUGGUUAGUAAGACCAGUGGCAAACACCAAAUAUGUAUCCAAAGCAAUAACCCAGCGGGACAAAGUGCCGAUGAAAUAUGUUUUAUGGUAAAUGCAGUCAAUGGACAACUCAACCUGCCGAGCAAGUCGCAUGCGUAUUUUAUUGAUCCCUCCCUACCGGAUGGCUCUUCUGUGGAGUGCAAGACCGGUAAAGCCUGUCACCUCAGUCUCUGGGUUCACAACUACGAUGGCGAGGACGCAUGUCCAUCAGUUAAAUCGUCACAAGACAUCUACUCAGGAGUAUACAUCCACCAGGCUACUGGCACAUCCGCGUCAGGUCCAUGUAAGGUGGAUGUGGUCUUUCACAACGAUCAGCCAAAAACUUACACAGGCAUAUGUUUCACAUCAACGUCUUCCAGACAAGAUGUUUUCGGAGGUGACGGAGAGGUCCGCUGCUAUGACGUCACUAUCGUUGAUACGUUGUCAGUCGUUGGUUCUUGUUCCUCCACUUUGUGCGAGAAUGGAGCAUUUUGCGACGGUCACCGAACAACACCGAAGUGUGCCUGUCUGAGUGGGUUUUCAGGCCCCCUUUGUCACCAAACUCAUGGUGAAUCACUAACCAGUCCUGCACCAGUUCCGGGCGUUACACAAAGUACUUUCGGAGACCUUGCUGUUCCAAAGGAGAUAAAAUGUACCCUACAUCAGGAAUGUGAAGUUCCAUUCACCUUUACAAAACCGGGUGGAGGCACCGGCACACAACCUUCAUUGAAUCUUGGACAAAUAGAUAGCGGUCUUACUGUUACUCCAGCUAUUGUGUCCAAAGAUCCCCACUCUCCGGAAGGGACGUACCAAGGCAAAGUAAAGGUCGUGGGCAAUACACCAGGAAACAAGAAAGUCUGCGUUCACACCCCGACUAGCUCGCCUGACGUUGUUGGCGAUGACAUCUGCUUCAACGUUGACGUAACCAACCCAACAGGCAGUUCAGCUGCUCCCAAUGUUGCCCAACCACAUUUUAUCGAGCCGACGGUCCAACCUCAGUCUACUCUUCAGUGUGAACCAGGGAGGAUAUGUCACGUAAUUCUUCAAAUGUCACCUGGAAUUAAUCAUGGAUGUCCUUCUGUAGUUCAGGCCCAGGGCCCAUCGGAUGACCUCCACCUAUUUCACUCCGACUCAAACACUGUUAUUGGUUCGUGUGCUGUUGACGUCACACUCACACCACCGGCGAGUAAACAUGGAACGGAUACGCUUUGCUUUGACACAUCCUUACCUUACAUUCCCGGGGAACACAGAUGCUUCAAAGUGGAUUAUUCCCAUAUCGUAUCCGGGCCUUGUACUGGGAUUACAUGUCAUAAUGGCGGAGUGUGCGGGGCUAAUGGCCAAUGCGUUUGUCCCAUCGAUCGAAGUGGACCAAACUGUGAGAACUCCGGAAACCAAGGACCGGCCCACACAGCUGUCCCACCAAAGUUCACAGAUAUGGCUUUGCCAACCGACGUUAAAUGUGAAAUAAAUACAGAGUGUGUAAUCCCUUUAAUGGUAAAUGGAGCCCAGGCUACGCUGUAAGUAAGGUUUAAAUCAUUCUAUAAUAAUAAACACGCUUGUUUCUUCUUAUUCAGUGAGACAUGUCUAAAUUAAAAACAAGAAAUCCGGAAUUCUGUAUAAAUAAGACAUCAGAUGCCACUGCUUAUAUGUGUAUGUAUCUUGAACCAU